AUGCAGAGACAAAACUAUGAGACAGAGUUGACAGAGAUGAGGAACAUGUCAAAGGAUCAAUAUAUUCAAUUCAUAAAGAGGAGUAGCGAUAGCUUUUCUAGGGGAACAUCAGCCUACCACGGUGUAACACGGUGUCCUAGUGAUGGAGGGUGGCAGGCUAGGAUUGGCGGGGUUGCUGGGUACAAAAAUCUGUAUCUGGGAACAUUCGAUGAUCAGGAAGGUGCUGCAGAGGCUUAUGACAUUGCUGCCAUUAAAUAUAGAGGAAAAAAAGCUGUUACGAACUUUGACACAAGCAGAUAUGAUGUGAAAGCCAUCAGGAACAACACACUACCUGUAGGAAGGAAUGCAAAGCGAACCAGAGUUGAAGAAGAAGAUAAGGAAAGCAUUGGGAAAAAUGAUGAUUUUCCAUACAAUCUGUUUCGCUUCAAACCUGCAACCAUAAAUUCGCAAAGAACUGACAACUUAUCUUCCUUCGCAAACUGUAUUGCACCCACAGCCGUUAAUUGGCAAACUAACCAUGGACUGGAGAUGGGAGGUUCCUCUGUUCCAUCAAACACUUCUCUGGCAUUUCCAUUCUCUUGUAUUCGGAAAGGAUUUGUUGUUUCAAAGGUACCAGCUUUUGAAAACCUUCUGUCUUUGUGUACCCCUACAUCCUGCUUCCCUGGACAGUCCUCAGGUCUUGUGAGUGCUGGUCAUGAUAACUUAAUGCCUGAAGCACCCUCUCUUCAGGUUUCAGAAAGUGGGCGUGGUACAGGAGCAGCAUGCCAACUUCCUAUUAAAUUCAAUAUCUGGAGUAAUAUAAGGAUGUAA